AUGGUUGUAAAGAGAGAGAUGGAUCCCAAUGUAACAGAGCCGGAGAGCCUCUGGCAUGUUCUCCAAGAAAUGGACCCAACAUGGAUAAACACUGUUCUCCUAGUUCCCUGUGUUGUCGUGCUGACAGCUGGAUUUUUCUACCUCUACGGUUGGAUUGUUGGUCUGUUGACCAAAACGUCCGUACGCAAUAAGGUGGUGGUUGUAUCUGACGCCUUAUCUGGGCUCGGAAAAGAAUGCUCAGGUGUGUUCCACAAAGGAGGAGCCAGGUUGAUCCUCUGUGGGAAAAACUGGGAGAAGCUUGAAGAAUUUGCUGAUGCUUUGGCGAACGCCUCAGACCCCACAGUAACGUUUCCUCCUAAACUGGUGCUGCUGGAUUUUGGGGAUAUGGCGAGUAUGCAUGACGCCAUCGAAGAGAUCAUGGACUGUUACGGUUGCCUGGAUGUUCUCAUGCUAAACAACAGCAUGAAGGUCAAAGCACCUGCACACAGUCUGUCGCUGGAGAUGGACAAGCUCCUGAUGGACAACAACUACUUUGGACCAGUCACACUGGCUAAAGGUGUGCUACCGUCCAUGAUCUCCAGAAGAACUGGUCACCUGCUCCUCAUCAACAGUAUCCAAGGGAAACUCGCUGUUCCGUUUCGAUCUACAUAUGCAGCCUCCAAACAUGCAGUUCAGGCCUUCUUUGACUGCCUGAGAGCUGAGGUGGAAGAGUAUGGCAUCUCCGUCAGCACCAUCAACCACACCUUCAUCAGCAGCACCUCAGCUGUAAACACAGAGGCAGCCUCCUCCAAAUCCUUCUGGUCGUUGCUGUACACUAAGAGACCCCUCGGCGUUUCCCCGGACGAAGCAGCUGCUGAGAUCGUCAAGACCUUAAACAACAAGAAGAAAGAGGUGAUAAUUGCUCCCUCCCUCCCCAAGGUGGCCGUCUACGCCAGAUCCUUCUUCCCUAACGUGUUCUUUGCUGUGAUGGCUGCGGGAGUGAAGAACUCUGGUACCUUUGAGGAGAUGUAG